GACAAAGUACUCGGGGGAAUGAUCAAGAUAGAUCACCGUGGAGUCUCCGGAAAGAGUGAAGCCGCCGACUGACGAGCCGGACUCCAGACCGUCCAUUCAACCGCUGUCAAUAACAAGGGAAUCCUGCGGUCACUACCAUGAACUCUUCAGGCAGUCGACCCUCCCGGAUAUGGCGGAACCCCUUCAUACAUGCGCCUCAGCUGACCGCGUCGGACAAAAUCAAGAUUGGCCUGAUGUCUGUGACCGUGUUUCCUAUUCGCCUGCUUCUGGUGGCGUUCUUCAUGCUGUUGGCCUGGCCCUUUGCCUUUGUCGCCACCGUGGGGCGCUCCGAGGGAGUCCUCGAGCCGCAGACCUGGUGGAGAAGGUUGAUAGACUUCUGUCUGAGGACUGUUAUGCGGGCCAUGUGGUUCUGCGGAGGCUUCCACUGGAUCACGGUCAAAGGCCAGCGUGCGUCACCUGCAGAAGCUCCCAUCAUCACCGUGGCACCGCACUCUGCCUACUUCGAUGCCAUCCCGGUCACCAUGACCAUGUGCUCGUUGGUUACCAAACUGGAGAGUAGGAGUGUUCCUCUCUGGGGAACGCUGAUCAGCUACAUCAGGCCAGUGUUGGUGUUUCGCUCCGACCCAGAGUCCAGGAGAAAGACGGUGACUGAGAUUCAAAGAAGAGCCGGGUCUGGAGGCGAGUGGCCUCAGGUCAUGAUCUACCCAGAGGGGACCUGCACCAACAGGUCAGGCCUCAUUCAGUUUAAGCCAGGUGCCUUCAUUCCUGGUCUCCCAGUGCAGCCGGUGGUUCUGCGCUACCCAAACCGACUGGACACUUUUACAUGGACGUGGCAAGGGCCUGGAGGGUUGAAAAUUCUUUGGUUGACUCUGUGCCAGGUUUAUACCAAUUUAGAAAUCGAGUUCCUGCCUGUUUACACUCCGUCUGAAGCAGAGAAGGAAAACCCCAGUCUGUUUGCCAACAAUGUCAGGAAGGUGAUGGCAAAAGCUUUGGAGCUGCCACUCAUCGAAAUCUCUCUGGAGGAUCGGGACAUCUGCCUGGCCCAUGGACCUUUGAGCAUAUUUGAUCUGAGCAGCCUGCUGCAGUUCAACCAGCUGGUGUGCAGGUUGGGGCUGCGGUCCAGAACCUCUGACCAGGUGCUGGAGCAGCUGGCCAGUCACGCCAGAGAGCUUCAGGGGAAGAAGUUAACCGUGACGGACUUUGCUGCUUUUCUCAGCUUACCACCAACUGACUUGUUGUCACAGGUCCACGGCCUCUUUGACCAGACAGGUGAUGGCUCGAUUGAUGUCCGGCAUUAUGUCAUCGCUCUCUCCACCAUCUGUAGACCCUCCAGGUCCAUGGAGACUCUCAGACUGGCCUUCAAGAUGUACGAGAGUGAGAGCAGUGGGGAAGUGGAGGAGCGAGACUUGGCCAGCAUCCUGGAGGUCAUGCUCGGGGUGCGGGAGGUCUCUCUGGACGUCCUGUUCCUCAAGCUGCACCGACCUCUUUCACCGAAGAUCACCUAUGAUGACUUUGCCAGCUUCCUACAGAGACAUCCAGAAUUUGUCCAGCAUGUUCUUGACUUUAAAAAUCACCCACGGAAGUCCUGCCUGGGUCAUUCCACAGACUUUAACGGACACAGUCGAGACAAGGACAAGGAUGAGUGACCUAUAUACUUGAGGGAAAGGUUUUUAACACUGUGAAAUCUUGUUUGUUUUUGUAAAUGUUCAAAUAUUUAUUGAGGUAGAAUACGAACAUUAUUGUCCCCAAUGUCUCAGGUAAACAAACCUAAAGCUCUCUUGCUGCUUUAUCUCCUCAACCAAAGUGUAAGUCACCUCUUGAAUCGAAUGAUGAGAAGAAGUGCGGAAUGAUGGCUCUCACACAUCGUAGAACGUUCCUCACUUUGUAUGUCGUUGGUAUAUGUAAAAUAUGUACACACUUAAAACAGCUAUUUAUGAACAAUGUCUGUUUAUUAUUAUUGAAAUGUGUCAGACUUUUAACUUAAUUCAGAAAAAACGAAUAUACUGAUUUAUUGAUUGAUUAUUUAAAUGUGCUUCAAAUUGAAUGAUAGUAAAAUUUUUAUUUUGGAUGGAAGUGUACGUUUGAACCAACUUUCCAGAAAUAAAGUAGAUAUUUCACUAAAA